UCGCUGGCGGAAGAUUCAAGUACAUAAAUAAAUGUUGGUUUUGUUUUUUUGUGAUGUUUUCCAUUUGAGUUUGUUUUGUAUAUUGAGACUUUUCGGCGAUGGAGAUCUCGAUUGUUGUUGGAAAUAACCCAGGUGCCCCGAGGACCACGAGGGUUAUGAUGGAAGGCGUUGGGGCCCGUGUUAUUCGGGGGCCUGGAUGGAAAUGGGGAAAACAGGAUGGCGGUGAAGGUCAUGUUGGAACAGUACGCAACUUUGAGAGUCCAGAUGAAGUUGUGGUUGUAUGGGAUAAUGGAACGGCAGCCAAUUAUCGUUGUUCAGGUCAAUACGAUUUACGUAUCAUAGAUAGCGCACCGACCGGGGUGAAACAUGAGGGAACCAUGUGUGAUACUUGCAGACAGCAGCCUAUCUUUGGCAUCCGUUGGAAAUGUGCCGAAUGUGCUAACUAUGAUUUAUGUUCGGUAUGCUACCAUGGAGAUAAGCAUCACCUGCGCCACAGGUUCUACCGAAUAACGACGCCGGGCAGCGAAAGGAUAUUCCUUGACACGCGACGAAAGAGUAAGAAGAUCGCGAUUAGAGGCAUUUUCCCAGGGGCAAGGGUGGUGCGUGGCGUGGAUUGGCAGUGGGAGGAUCAGGAUGGAGGAAAUGGACGUCGCGGAAAGGUCCAGGAUCUCCAAGAUUGGUCUGCUGCCAGUCCAAGAUCUGCUGCUUACAUCGUAUGGGAUAAUGGCUCCAAGAAUCUGUACCGUGUCGGUUUUGAAGGAAUGGCCGAUCUGAAAGUUGUCAAUGAUGCGAAAGGCCAGACCGUGUAUCGUGAUCAUUUGCCGUGCUUGGGCGAGCAGGGCCCAGGCCAUACAGGUCCACCAGGCUUGAAAAUUGGAGAUAAAGUUAAUAUAGAUUUAGAAAUAGAAAUUGUGCAAUCUUUGCAACACGGUCAUGGCGGAUGGACUGACGGGAUGUAUGAAUGCUUGAAUAGCAUCGGCACCGUCGUCGGAAUUGACGAGGAUCACGACAUCGUAGUUGUUUAUGAUACGGGAAACCGUUGGACUUUUAAUCCAGCUGUUUUAACAAAAGUUGUCACGCCCACGAAUGGCGCAGGUUACAACGAAACGCCCCAACAGCAGUUUGCCGUAGGUGAUGUGGUACAGAUUUGCUCAGAUUUGGAGAGAAUUAAAAUGUUGCAGAGGGGCCAUGGAGAAUGGGCAGAUGGAAUGACACCUACUCUUGGGAAGAUCGGCCACAUCCAACAGAUAUAUAAUGAUAACGAUUUGAAAGUUGAGGUUUGCAACACCACUUGGACUUACAAUCCAUUAGCAGUUACCAGACUUGCUAGUAAAGAUGGGACAAUGCACAGCGCUACCAGCGGAGAACGUUUAAACGCAUUGUUAAAGAAGCUGUUUGAAACUCACGUCUCCGGCGAUGUAAAUGAAGAGUUAGUUAAAUCGGCUGCAAAUGGAGACGCCCAGAAAUGCGAGGAAGUUCUGAAGCAGAGUAAUACAGCCGGAGCUGGUAUCGGACCCGAUGUGAACGGCGUAUUUGCUGGCCAUACAGCUCUUCAAGCUGCAAGCCAAAAUGGUCAUUUAGAAGUCAUAACAGUUCUUCUACGAUUCCAAGCUGAUGUUGAGAUAGAGGAUACGGACGGCGAUAGGGCUGUACAUCACGCUGCCUUCGGAGAUGAGCCAGGCGUUAUGCAACUUCUCGCACACGCCGGGGCAGAUUUAAACGCCAGGAACAAACGCAGACAAACUGCUUUGCAUAUCGGGGUCAAUAAGGGACACAUUGGAGUGGUUAAGAUGCUUCUGGAUCUAGGAUGCCAUCCAAGUUUGCAGGAUUCCGAAGGAGACACUCCUUUGCACGAUGCUAUUUCAAAGAAACGUGACGAUAUGCUGACGCUCCUGUUAGACCACAAUGCUGACAUCACGUUGACGAACAACAACGGUUUCAAUGCUCUGCACCAUGCGGCUCUGCGAGGAAACCCAAGCGCCAUGAAGAUUCUGCUUGCAAAACUACCGAGACCGUGGAUCGUGGAUGAGAAGAAGGACGAUGGAUACACGGCUCUCCAUUUGGCAGCGCUCAACAAUCAUGUUGAGGUGGCAGAGCAGCUUGUCCUCAAUGGAAAAGCCAACAUGGAUUUGCAGAACGUCAACUUGCAGACAGCAUUGCAUCUAGCGGUAGAGCGUCAGCAUACCCAAAUAGUCAGGCUGCUGGUUCGUGAGGGUGCCAAUUUGAAUAUCGCCGAUAAGGAUGGGGACACCCCGCUGCACGAGGCUCUCCGACAUCAUACGUUGUCGCAACUGCGCCAAUUACAGGACGUCCACGAUGUUGGUAAACUCCUGAUGGGCCUUGGAACGCAGGGUUCCGAUAAGAAAUCUUCUGCAAGCAUCGCAUGCUUUUUGGCCGGUAACGGUGCUGAUUUGACUAUUAAAAAUAAGAAGGGUCAAACACCGUUGGACCUCUGCCCUGAUCCGAAUCUAUGCAAAACUCUCACCAAAUGCUACAAAGAGAAGCAGAGUGGCGAAAUGGACAUGGGCCCACAGUGCAAUACGAACACCAACAACACUUCCACCGUGGAAGAAUGCCUGGUCUGUUCCGAUGCCAAGCGAGAUAUGUUAUUCCAACCUUGCGGACAUGUCGCAUGCUGCAACGCAUGUGCUUCGAGAGUAAAGAAAUGUUUGAUUUGCCGUGAAAAUGUAUCGAACAGAAUUAAGAUCGAGGAAUGCAUGGUCUGCUCCGAUAGAAAAGCAUCGGUCCUUUUCAAACCUUGCGGCCAUAUGUGUGCUUGUGAAAGCUGCUCCCAGAUCAUGAAAAAAUGUGUGCAAUGCCGUUCGCACAUUGAUCUUAUAAUGCCCAUGAGCGUUUGCUCCGGAGGUCUAGGAACGAUUUCUGAAGUGAAGAGCGAUAGCGAAGAAGAGGCUGCCCCGAAGCCGUCCACCAGCGACGCAGCACAGGGUCCGAUUAUGAACAACGGUGGACGCGAUGCCAGUGAUAUCCAGAAAUUGAAGCAGCAAUUGCAGGACAUCAAGGAACAAACAAUGUGUCCCGUUUGCUUGGACCGUUUGAAGAACAUGAUCUUCCUCUGCGGUCAUGGAUUGUGCCAGAUGUGCGGAGACCAAAUGGUCGAGUGCCCUAUCUGCCGCAAGGCCGUCGAAAAACGCAUCCUCUUGUACUAGAAGGCAAUCGUAAAUAAUAAUUAGUCCCAUGGUGGGACUACCGUCACCGUAUUAGAAGCUUGCUUUUCCAGCGGCGCAAUAUGGUUCUGUUUCAUUUAAUUUUAGUUUCGUUUUACCUAAACACAGUUGUUAUUAUUAUCAUAGCAAAUUUGGAUGACUUUCAAAAGCGCAACACUCUUCUAUGUAUUUGUACUAAUUUUAGAACUGGUAGAUUUCUUUUUUUAUAUAUAUAUUCUAGAGCUAAAUGUUUAUCUAAAUGUCGUGUCCGCUGUCAUUUAAAUAAUCUUGUUUGGUCGUGGUUUUAGUGGAAUUUCUAAAAUUAGUAAAUUAAUAGUAAUUUAAUUUUAGGACUUCUUUUUAUUAGAAAUAUAUGUUAGCAUAGUGACUUAGCGUAUUUGUUGUAAAUGUUCGUAUACGGCAUACAAUAUAACCAUAGUUUUUCUUAUUUAAUCUGCGGGUUAUUAUACUAUAAUUAUGUAUGGGAUGAGUCUGUAUACUAACUAAAACGACUCUUCAAAACUAUCGCAUUGCUGGAAUAAUAUUUUGGAGAUUGCUUUAUUAUUUGAUAUUAUCCUUAGUAUAUAACUGUUUAAGCUAGUGUGUAUUAUCAUA